GGCUUCUUGGGCAGUGUGGUCGGUCCUCAAUAGUAUUUACGGAUUCUAUCUCACUUUUUCUUAGUUUGAUAAUUUCAUAGUGAUGGAAAUUAAAGAAGAAAAAGUAUAUGAACCUACAGAAGAAGUUGACGAAGCAUCAGGAAAUGAAAAACCAGAAGAAUGCCCUUCGUCUGGUGAGUCUACUAUGACAUGCUCUACUAUAUCCAGCCUCGUAUCAUUGCCUGCUCUAGAAUCUCUGAGUGAUUCGGCACCGGAUGCUAACCCAAGCCAGUGCUAUGUCAAACGAAACAGGCGCGGGCGGAGGGGAAGAAAACCUAAACAACUUCCGAAAACUCCUCGCUCAGAUGACGACAUACUUAAUGAAGAAGAAGCAAUGGAUGACAAGAACUCCGGGAAAAGAAUGAAGAUCUUGCUUCCUCAAAAGGUAAGUUCAAGCAUGAUGAAUCAGAAUCCGAGUAAUACUGAUUCCGAAUGUUCCAUUUCCGUAAAUCGCUCUGUAAAUGAUAUAAAUGAAACAGAAAGUGAAUUGCCACACUUCAAAAUCAGUAGAGUAAAAAAUAAGAAAGGGAAUAGGGGUAAAAACGUAAUGAUUUCAAAUGAUGCAUCUAGAAACCAUGCUGAAGAAAAUGACUCAGACCCCAUUGAAUUUGAUGAAGACCACAAGUCACAAUUAAUCAAUAAGGAUUCAGAUAGUGGUUUAUCUGAUAAUGAACCUCCUAUGAAAUAUUCAGAAGAAGCUGAAAUUGCUUUUGAAAAAAAAGUUUCAGAGCUUUGCAAAGAUAUUAAGAAAACUUGCUUAGGAAACAGAAAAAUGGAAGGUAAUGCCUCUACAAUACCAUCAACAUCUAGUAAAGCAACUUCAAUGGAUAUUGUAAUGCCUUGUAAUUUAACUGACAUGAUGUCAAGUUCACCCAACAACUCUUUGACUGCAACAACUGAUUUACUGGCUAUUGCUGGGCCGUCCACUUCACAAGAUAUGACUGCAACUAAUUGCGCAACUGGACAAAGUAUGAGAGGUGAAAGAAGGAAAAAAAUGUUCAGAAAGCGCAGAGAUACAGUUGUGCCCAAGUGUUUUGAUACAGCAGUGGAAAGGAAAAUCAUGAAGCUAACUGAUGAAAUUGAUCAAAUUGAUGCAAUACUAGCCAAAGAAAUUAAUAAAAAAAAUGUAUAUUAUAAGAAGGGAUACAAAGUCACUCACCAAAUAUUGGAAAACCUUAAGAAAGAAAAAGAAUACCAAAAGUAACUUGUUUAUAACAUGUUCAAACAACUGUGAUUUUUAAUUGUAAAAUUUUCUAAUUAUUGAACUUUUUGAUUUUAUUAAAAGUAUAAAGAAUGUUUUCUGAAAUUAUUUUUUAAAGCUAUUAUAAGACAAAGAAAGAAUGAAAAUUCUUUCAAUUUAUUGCUUGUUAAGUUUUAUUAAAAAAUUAGAAAAAUUAACAGAAAUGAUCGUUAGUUACCAAUAUUCAAAGUUAUUCUAGCACAAUAAUGCAAUGUUACUAAUGUUAUUGUAACUAAUCUUUCUUAAGUAUAUUUUACAUUACUCUUUCAACGGUUUAUUAUCAUUCUUUUAUGCAUAUUACAGUAUGUUAUAAUUAAUAUAUUG